AUGCAGAUCCCGUUAUCCUCUACGAUCGCGAGCUCUCGCUCAGCUGUCUCUCCUAUCCCGCUCGAGGGGUCCUCUUUUAGCCUGGGCAUCUGGGCCCUGGCCGGUUUGUUCGGUGGCGAACAUGCCCUCUCGGCCACGGGGACGAUUCCGCUUUACAAACAGAGGAGAUGGCUGGGUUGGUAUAAUUCCCCCGGUUCAUAUGUGGUCGCUAUGCGAUACGGUUCACUUGCCAAAUCUAGCCUCUUCAGCGGCCUUUUCCCUGGUAGACGUACAGAGCCCACUACACUGCUCGAAAUAGACGGACGUAAGGGCCCCAAAUUCAGAGCUGCACACUCAGGGACAGUCAUGGAGGAGACAAGCCACCCUGGCGCUCUGUUCAUGGAGAGAUGCAGCGAAAUGGAAGGAGUUGCAAUUGACGGGAGAGUAACCCGCCGCGUUGGCUGGAGCCCUUCCUGCUUGUCUGUCUUUGCUAGCAUCCCGAUCCUUGUCAGCGCCUCUACUUGUGUUAUGUGCGCAAUGGUCCAUGACUGGUACUCCUUCUCCACGAUCCUCCUUGGUAUGCUCGUCAAUGGCAUAUCUUGCGUCGUUCUCGGGUCCGGGUCGUUCUUCUUCACGCAUCCUGGGCCAGCCCAAGGGUCUCCUCCGGGAGAUGGCGUUCUUUUCGCUGAGAAAGAGAUCGUCGUGUUGAAAGGGGAAGAGGGGGCUGUCAACGCUAUCACUCGAGGCAACUUCGGAUUGCGGUUCGCAACCGAGCCCUAUUUCCGUGACAUUGGAUGGUGUUCAGUCCUCCUCUUGUUGCAAUUCAUUGCACAACUCGUUCUGGUUCCUCAGAGCACGCUCUUUGGCCAGAUCAUGUUCGUCAUAUCGCUCGUCGUAUCUUGGGCAUACAACGUAUGGCUUUCGUCCUUCGACAAAGAGAAGAUCCAAAGAGACCUCCUGAUAAAUGAAGUUCUCCAACAGCCUAAACUUCACAAGUACGUUCUUGGUACGCGCACCAGUAUGGCGGUGUUCGUCCUUCUCGCCUGCGGUUCGCAGAAGGUGGAGCAGUUGAUGGACGAUCUUCUCCCAAACAACACCAAAGUGUGGAUGCAGUGGAAAGCUUCCGUUAUCAACCGACUGAGGGAGGGAGGGAACCUGGUGUUCCAACCUUCCGAUUGGGCUGAUCCGUCCCUGUCCGGUGAAGAGCGUGCUCUGUUGGAGACGCUGUAUAAAGAUGCACAGUCAGCAGUACAAGGGCUUUAUGGCCUCUCACCACUCCUCUUAGGAAGAUCGUCUAACAUCUUCGUGUCUUCUGUUUUAUGAUCUCGAUUUCCUGGAAACUUACUGCGACACCUUGCGAUAUACCCCGAUCCGUUCUCGUAUCAUUUUAUGUGUUUUAGUAGUACUUAUCGACUUCUCGAACAUUCGUGUACUGUGAAUCCGUGUCCUGUAUAAGAAGUGGCAACUUGAUCGAUCUAAUAAAUUUAUAUUGAUACCC